GCGGGUAUUUCAUGCUUUUGGCUUUGCAGCGCUGGCGGGGCGAGGAGGACCUAAAGAGGCCAGUUUCGGGACUGCACAGUCCCUCUGAACGUCAUUCAUUCGGACCACCCAGCGCUGGUUGCACGACUCCACAAAUGGCCACUGUGGCACAGCGCACUCAGGCUGCACGCGAGCAGGCUGCACGCGAGGCGCGCAAAGCCGCGGCCACGGUUCUCCUGCGCGAGAUAAAACUCGUCUUCGACGACCGCCCAGCGGUGUAUCAAGAAAUCGUGAAGAACUUGAACUCGCUCUGGAAAGUAGACGACACUGACGGCUGCUUUGCCCGCGUCGAGGCCCUGCUCGCGACGGCGCCGCGCGCCGACCUCCUGACACAACUCCGCGACUUCAUGCCGGCCUCCUCCAUUAAUGCCUGGCAGCAGAGCGCACCGGAGCCGUCCGACCCUGGCAAGGGCGAGGGCUCGGCGCGCGAGCCCAUCACCUUCGAAUCCGACGACGAGGCGGCGGCAGCGCCCGCUCCGGCGGCCGCGGCGGAGAACGACUCCGACGACGACGUCGUCCUCGUGAGCACGACCCUCACCAACCCCCUCGUCGACCUGCCACACGCGCGCCACGAGUGCGCCGCGCUGGGCAUGCCCGCGCGCGACGACGCCGACGGAUUAAUGUUGGCGCGGCGCUUCUGCGCGCGCUGCUACUGCACGCUCUGCGACCGGCCCGUAUCGGACUGCGCGGCGUGGCCCGAGCAUAGUCGAUACCGCGACGAGCCGCCGUGGCGGGCCGUCCGCGACGCGCUGGUUGCCGUACCUGAGCCGCCGCCGCGGCGCUUCAAGCGGCCGCGGCUGCGCGGGGCUCCGGCUGCGGCUCCGCGAGCUCAACCGGUCGCGCAACGAGCUACCGCGGCUCCGCGAGCUCGACGCAGAGUGCCGCAGCGGCCCGGCGCUUUCGACGCGGACGACCGGCGCGAAACCGCCGCCGCCGUCGCCGCGCCGGCUGCUGCACCAAACGGCGUCGACGACGCGACGGUGGCGGCGCGCACGAGGUAUCUUCUCUUGACCGACGGGGAGAUAAGACGGCAGUACGACAAGGGGUCGCUCACCGUGAGCACGUUGCAGGGGGGCGUCGCGACUGCGCUGGGCGUGGACGAGGAUGCCAUCAAGGACGUCGUGAAGGCGACGCUGGCCGAUUACCUUCAUGAUCAGAUGCAGCAGCGGUGCGGCCGAAUUGACUGCCUGGUGUGCAAAGGGGGGAAGCACGUGCUCGAGAAGCCGUGCCCGAACACGGCGGCGGUCAGAGCGGCGGCCGCGCGGUAUACGAGAUGCAGUUCCUUUUGGGCCGGCGGCGAGGCCACGGCGCCGCCGCCCGCCACGCCGGACGACGGGAACGACUCGGACGUCGGCGCGUACUUCGAGCUGUCCGAUUAA